AUGGCAGCUAUUGCCAGCGGUUUGAUACGACAGAAGAGACAGGCACGGGAACAACAAGUCCACCGGCCGACGCCACACCGACGGAGGCGAAGCCCCAACAAGAAUAAAGGACUUUGUAACGGGAAUUUGGUCGACAUCUUCUCCAAAGUGAGAAUCUUCGGCUUGAAGAAAAGAAGGCUACGGAGACAAGAUCCACAGCUUAAGGGCAUAGUGACCAGGUUGUACUGCAGACAGGGAUACUACUUGCAGAUGAACCCAGAUGGAUGUCUGGACGGGACCAAAGAUGACGGCACUAACUCCUCUUUGUUCAACCUCAUCCCAGUGGGCCUUCGAGUGGUGGCCAUCCAGUCAGUCAAGAUGGGUCUGUACAUCGCCAUGAACGGGGAAGGACACCUCUACACAUCAGAGCUGUUUACAGCAGAGUGUAAGUUUAAGGAGUCGGUGUUUGAGAACUACUAUGUGAUCUACUCGUCGAUGCUGUACAGACAGAAUGAGUCUGGGAGGGCCUGGUUCUUGGGCCUGAACAAGGAAGGACAGCCCAUGAAGGGCAACCGAGUGAAAAAGACCAAACCAGCCGCUCACUUCCUGCCCAAACCUAUAGAAGUUGCGAUGUACAAGGAGCCGUCGUUGCACGACGUCAGGGAGACGUUGCCUAAAGUUGCCGGAGUCCCGCCCAGCAAAAGCACAACCAGCGAACCAGUGGCCAUGAACGGGGGAAAACCAAUCAACAAACCCGACCCGAAGGAGACUGCGACAUAA